CCCCCAUCCUUUCAUCACCAUUGGUCUUGCCGAUGGUAUCCGACAUCCAGCUCUUGCUGCUCGCUCAGCCAGUGCAAGUGAGCCAGGCAUUCCAGGAGCUACCGAGCAGCUUCCGCGAAAAUGGGCAACGAUCUGUGGACCCUCGUCGUUGUCAUUGCUGCGCCCUCUAUGUUCCGCAAAUUGAACGCAUGGUACUCUUCGCCACAGCCAGCCGCUUGGAAAGCACGAUUCACCCCUGUGGUACCGCUCAGGCCCCCCUUAAGGCAAGGAUCAGAGGAUAGCAGCACUCAAGUAUAUCCGUCACAAUAUGUGGCAUUCUUUCUGGCGUGCAUAAUUGUUUACAUGCACCUUCGAAGCGCUUGGACCGCGACAGACCUCUUCCUUGCAACUCGCACAAUUAUGACGGCUCCAACAUCCGAGCUGAAGUCUAAAUUAGCAUCUAUGAGCUAUUCGGAAAUGGGCUGGAAGGCGAGAUGGGGCGAGGAAGGGUUAGAAAAGCUCAUCACAAGACUGAGCAGCUUGGAUGGCCGGAGAGCGUAUCUGAUCAAUGGUCCUGAGCCUCUCAUUGAAUGCCUCUUCUGCAAAUCGGACAAGCAAUUUGCACAAUACGCCAUCGCCCGCCGCUCCCUAUGGUUUGUCGCACAGGCAUCGCUUGUCGGCGCUCUUACGAUACCAGGCUCCACCUUGCGUUUUUUCGACGAAUUUGCCACCGGCUUUGGCCUCUCGGCGGGCAACUCAGCCUCACCUCAAACCCUUCCGCAGGCAAGAUGGAAUAGCAGCCACUGGCGAAUACCAGCCACUUGCGGCCUCUUGGGAUUAGCAUCCAUUAGGGUGGGGGUACUGCUGUACUACGCAACUGUCAGCUCGGAUCAGAAUCGCAUGAACCAUUGGCACGUCAACUUGCAAUUGUUCGAAUCACUGGCUGCGGCGGCGCUAUACAUCCUGAUCAUUCUGUACCCAUCGCUAGGUCCGCUGCCUGCUACAGCGCACAGGGUGAUUGCCGCACAGCAUGCAACUAUGAAAGCACUGGACAACAGCAUCAUCGGCCAUCAGACCAUGUCCUUCAAUCGCGACCUUGUUCGAAGGCAUCCGGAACUGCAGGACAGGGUGCAACAACAUUGGGCCACCACCAGGGACAGCGCUGUUGCAUCAAUUUCCGCUGCAACUCAAGCCAAUAUCGUGCACAGCACAGAUAAAGCAGGAGCAGAAUCUGAGCGCGCCUCGGCAGAGUCAUGGCUUGCACAGAUGCGACUUGAAGAUCUGAAAACGGCGGCGAGGUGCUCAAAAGUGGACGUAAAUCAGGAAUCAAAGUUGGCGAUGAAUUACGCGAAAAGGAUGUGGGACGGUUCGCUGAUGGACGAUACUAUUGACUCUGCCGCAGAGCAGCACAAACAUCAACCAUAGAACGUCAUAUUUGCUGUUGUCAUUCGUAACCAAUGCCUCCUAAUUCUCGGAGCUUGAUUGUUGUGAUGGUGUGCUGUGCGAGACAUGCAAGGGAAACAUUGCUUUCGGUGAAAGCUGUCACUGCGUUCACUUCUGUCAUAGCUGGCUCUACUGUGUCUGAGCAGAGACGAUAGUCUAGCAACAAAC